AUGUUGAUUUUGGGAUUAGUUGUAGUUGAAAAUAAGGCAACUGACUCAUGAAAAUCAAUUCCCAGAAUACUACAACAUUAUUGCUGAACUACACAAUUUUACACAAAUACACAAUUUUACACACCAUGGUGUGUUUGUAUGAGCUUUUACCUAAUGUUUGUUUGUUUAGGUGUAUCUUAGUACCAGUUAAUAACUAAAAUUAGUUAGGUUUAUAAUGUUCUGGUAUAACUAAAUUAGUGUGAUUGUAGAAAUAAAGAAUAAUUUAUGGCACCAAGAAAAGACACUGCAUCGGCUUUGUGACAUUGUCAUGAAAAUACAAAAUCACAUUAGUGUUUUUGACUUUAAGAUCGACAAAUACUGGAUUACCUAGUCUGAACUGGAAUGUAAACAAUGUAUUUACAGCUUAUGCAACAGCCAUCAAUAUAAGAACUGGGAAACAGAAGUAUAAAAUCAUGUUAACAGAAGUACCGAUACAGGUUGCGGUUAGGGUCAGGCCAUUGGUUGGUGAUGAGAUACAUUUGAAUCAAGAUGCUUGCCUGUAUUGUGAUCCUAAUAAACCUCAAAUCAGCAUUGGAAAAGAUCGUUGUUUCUCAUUUGAUUAUGUGUUUGAACAGGCUACAUCACAGACUGCAGUUUAUAGUGAUUGCGUCAAAGCUCUUAUUUCAUCAUUUUUUGAUGGGUACAACUGCACUGUGUUUGCGUAUGGCCAAACAGGCUCAGGUAAAACGUAUACAAUGGGAACUGGAAAUUGUGUGUAUUUAGAUGAAGAAGAACGUGGUAUUAUACCUCGAGCUGUUUCCGAUAUAUUUGAACGUAUUAACGAACUUGAAGGUCGAGUAAUAUGCAAACUUCGAGUGUGUUUUAUUGAAGUCUAUCGUGAAGAGACAACAGAUUUGUUGGAAAACUCGACGAAGAAUCUUCAAAUAAGAGAUGAUGAAGCUGGAAACACAGUUGUUGUUGGUGCUUGUGAAGAAUCAGCAGAAAGUAUGGAAGACGUCUUGAACUUGUUGGAUGCUGGGACUGCAAUGCGUCAUGUGGGCUCCACAAAUAUGAACAACGUAUCAAGCCGAUCACAUUGUAUUUUUACAUUGAUACUAGACCAGUAUCAAGUGGUUGAAACUGAUUCUUCACACAGCGGAAACGUGUUAUCGUCUCGAUUUCAUUUUGUUGAUCUCGCUGGUUCAGAACGUGCACACCGUACUGGCAAUCAAGGCGAUAGAUUUAAAGAAUCCGUCUCGAUCAACACCGGUCUGCUUGCACUAGGUAACGUUAUAAGUGCACUGUCAGACAACAAGAGAAAAAAUCAGCACGUUCCUUACAGACAAAGUAAAUUAACUCGACUGCUGAAAGACUCAUUAGGAGGUAACAGUAGAACUGUGAUGAUUACCUGCCUCUCACCUGCAUUGGCUGACCUGGAUGAGAAUAUCAACUCCCUUAAAUAUUCUACCCGCGCUAAUUCUAUAAGAAACAAACCUGUUGUUAACUGGGAUAUGGAGUCAUCAAAGGUUUCCCGGAUGGAAAGCGAAAUUCAGGCUCUAAGAGGUCAGUUACAAAGACGUAUUUCUGAUCAAUCGAAAUAUGGUUUGCAAAGAAUAAAUGAUCUUGAAUUGGUGAAUGAGAAACACGAAGUAGAAGAAAACAAAUACCUUCAAAGUCUACAUGAAGUUAAUACACUAUUUCAAAUGAUCGAGGCCACGUCGACUCUACCACCUCAACUGGUUGCAGAUAUCAAAACAUGGCGAUAUAAAUGGGAAAAACAUCAAUUUGAUCGACCAGUUUCAGCUCCGUCGAGAGCAUCAGCUCUGAGGCGACCACAGAAUGAUAUUGUUGAGAAUUUAAGAAACGAGUUACAAAAGUGCAAAGAGCAGUUGUGUUUGAUGGAGAUCAACAACCAAGAUGUGGAAGAGUUGCGCCAGGAAGUAAUUGCGUUUGGUGAGGAGAAUGCAAGGCUAAGGUUGGGUAUGGAUGUAGCUCAGAACAACGAAAGCGCUCUCACAGAACGGAUAUUUGAACAGCAGAUGAUCAUACAACAAUUAAGAAGGUCUAGAGGCUCUUCCAGGCAAGCGUUUCUAGACGAAAAGCCUCGCGUUGAAAAAUUACCACCGAUGACACCUCAAGAUCGAGUUCUUCAAAACUUUCGAGUGAAAAGUGAAAUGCUCAUGUCACAGAUCGACGACAUGGAUGUUGUUGAACAUGAUGACGACAUUAGUUCAGAUGAAGAUGGGGAUGAUGACGUCAAAAAAGAAAUUCACGCUAAGGAAUCUAAAUCGCGCCAGAAGAAAUUUGUAUCACAUAUACCAAUACUAGAACGCACGCGUGCAGACUCAGGGAAUCACCCUUUGCGUUCCCGAAAAUUCAAAUCGCGUCCGAAGUUACCGAUGUUGGACUUGAAUGGGGUUGAGAGCGAUACACUUGCGAAGCUUGAAACAAGUAGAGACACGGCGCGCCAUGAAGUGAAAAACGCUGAAAUGAAUGUGCGAGAAUUUACUAAUCGGUUGAAAGAGAUGGAGAAUAAUAUACAACAAAAGGAAGGCUUAAUCCUUGAGUUGGAAAGAAGUGAACAAGAAGCUCGAGCAACGAACUACACUUAUAAAGAAAAGCUCACUAGACUGGAGAAAGAAUAUGAAAAAUCAAAACGUGAACUCGAAGAAGCUCAAGCUAAAUUAAACCAAAGCGAGAAGAGCAACAAUAAAGACACAACGCAGAAGAGUAAACUCGAAAGUGACUACAAGAAGAAACUUAAAAACAUGCAGAAGAGGUAUGAUGAUUUAAAACAAAAGGAGACGAUCUCAAACCGGAUUUCCUCGUUUCAGCAGAAUAACGAGAAGAAAGUGAAAGAUCUUGAAGCGUGGAUAUCCCGCAUGAAGAAUCAACACAACGAAUUAGAACGCAAAUUGAGAAGUGAAGGCGACAAGAAGAGCAAGUUCGAACAAGAGUUGCGAAAAAAUGAAAUUCGAAUCAAGGAGUUGGAACAUAAGACAGAUCAGCAACAGAAAUUAUUGAAACGCAAAAAUGAAGAGGUUGUAGCGGCGCAAAGGAAAUUGAGAACCAGUGCUGGGUCAGACUCAAAGUCGAACGAUCACUUAGAAAAGAAGAAACAGUGGAUUGAUGCGGAGAUUGAGAAAAUCUUAGCACGGCAAAAAGAUAUCGAUAUGUUAGAAGCAGAACUGCGUGAACGUGAUCGAAGUUUAAAGAAGAAAGAAGAACUCAAGACAGAGAGAGAUCAACUUGAAGUCAAGAAAACCAAAUCUAGCAUCAGCAUAUCAAAAAGCAUCAUGAAGCUUUCCGUACAAAUGGAAAAUGUCGACGAGCAAAUACAGCAGCUACAACAAAAAGAUAAAUUCAGCACAGAUUUAAAAAAACUAGAAAAAGUCAAAGAAGACUUGACCGUGCAAAAAACAGAACUUGAAAACACUAUCCAAGAUGGUGGACUCGCGCCGCACGAACAGAGAAGAUUAAUCGAGUUGGGAGAGGCCAUCGAGGCAGUGGAUGAAGCAAUUUCAUUCAAGAAUGAUUUAAUAUCUAAUAAACAGUCCUGUUUGGAUGAACAGGACAUAGAUUAUCAGAAAAAUAUAGACCACUUGUUGAACGAUAUGGGCGAACUUUCAAUAGACGAAUAUAAGCACUUAUUGGGAAAGUUGUUUUUGAAAAUAAUCGAGUUAAAAAAGAGUCAUGAGGAAGCCGAUGAGCAUCGCUACCAUUUUGAAGUGAAAGUUUCAGAGCAAGAGAGAUCUUUACAUGACAUGCAACACAUGUUACAAGUUGUGGAAGCGAGACACGAAAAACAAUUUAUAGACCAAAAUAGCAAGUAUGAACAAGAAAUCCAAUUUUUGAUGUCUCAAUUGAGAAUGAUGGAGAACGAGUUCGCAGCGAGAGAAAGUAACAUACUCAGCGCAUCGGAAAAGAAAGUCAUUAAUUUGGAAAAAGAACUUUACUACUACAAAAUCAAAUCACGCAAAUACAAAGACCAUUUGAGGGAUUUUACAACAAACGUUUCAAUGGAAACCAAUGGUGAUCUCGACGGUGGUGAAAGAAAGACAAGUGCGAGUCACAAACGUACGGAAGCUGGUGACGAAUUGCGUUUACCACCUGUUAAAAAUAUAUCAAAGCCAGAAAAACAGGAGAAAAGGUAUUCGCUUGAUCAACAGGCUUUAGAUGAACAUCGGAGACUGCAGGAAAUAUUUGAGAGCAGACCUUUAUCCAGUUCUGACAGAGCGCGAUCUUCAAAGAAAAACAAAGAAAGGCGAAGACAUACAGAAGAAAUAUACGCCGAUUCGAUCGAAUGACGAAACGAACGAUGCACGAUGAAAAAACUGUUGAUAAUUUAUUUAUUUAUAAAUUUGUGCAAAUUAUGUCUGCUACUACACUCUCGUACCCAAAUCUCAAAUCUGUCUUUUAUAUCAUGUUAGAGAUUCAUGUCUGUGAUAUGGAUGGAUGUGACCCUUCUUAUGCUCUCCGCCACAAUGUUAAAACUGAAACUGCAUUUUGAACGAACGUAAUGGUAAAAUAUAGAUGAUUUUUGUGCUGAUAAAAAAAACGAGAAAUGUUUCACAAUCUCAGGCGAAGGGUUACAACAAACAAACAGCAAAGAAAGAUGACUUGCUCUGUGGAAAUUAGUUAUUUCAUUAGGCGUUGUACUGACUUUUAAUUUUUAUUUUUCUGUUUAAUUUUUAAGAUGAUAUACAUAUGUUUGUUAACAUUUUUUUAUUACAUGAAUAACCUGCUUCAUGUUCAGGUAGUUUCAGGACGUCAAAGACGUUGUUUUGUAUAAUUUGUUUGUGAAACAAGCUGUAAAAUUCGUAUUUUUUAAACAUAAUAUUUAUAAAAAUAUGUUGCCAUGAAAAGUAAAGAACGCGAUUGA